AUGGAUGCUGUUGAGAAGGCGAAUACUGAGCGUCAGCGGCGGUGGGUGAAGGAUCAGAAGAUCGGAGAAGGAAUGUACGCAGUUGUCUACAGAGGGCGGGAAGCCGCCACGGGAAGAAGAGUGGCUAUUAAGAAAAUCAAGGUCGGGCAGUUCAAGGAUGGCUUGGACAUGUCUGCAAUACGCGAAGUUAAAUACCUUCGUGAGCUCAAACACCAGAACGUCAUUGAGCUUCUGGACGUCUUCUCCUCGAAGACAAACCUAAACCUAGUGCUUGAGUUCCUUGACACGGAUCUCGAGCUUGUCAUCAGGGAUCGAUCACUGGUCUUUCUCCCGGCAGAUAUCAAGAGCUGGAUGGCAAUGACGUUCCGCGGCUUGGAAUUCUGCCAUCGGAAUUUCAUUCUGCACCGGGAUCUCAAGCCGAACAACUUGCUGAUCGCAUCCGAUGGUCAGCUCAAACUAGCUGACUUUGGUCUUGCACGGGACUUUGCAGAUCCCGGCUAUAAAAUGACCUGUCAGGUCAUCACACGGUGGUAUCGGCCGCCGGAACUGCUGUUCGGUUGCCGGUACUACAGCACUGCGGUCGACAUAUGGAGUGUCGGCUGCAUCUUCGCCGAGCUGAUGCUGCGGACGCCCUAUCUACCGGGUGAAAGUGACAUGGACCAGCUCAAGACGACAUUCCGCGCUCUUGGGACGCCAACAGAAGAAGACUGGCCGGGGCACACCAAACUGCCCGACUAUGUUCCAGUCGGCCAGUUCCCUCGGACGCCGCUACGAGAGCUGUUCACGGCCGCCUCUCCCGAUUGCCUGAACCUUCUCAGCAAGUGUCUGAUCUACGAGCCACGGCGGCGGAUUAGUGCGAGGGAGGCACUCAAUCAUCAAUAUUUCUUCGCAUCACCAAAACCCUCCCACCCAUCGAAACUGCCAAAACCUGUCAUGAAGGCCAGCCCAACUGCCCCUCUCGAAGAGAUGAACGGCAACGUUGAGAUGAACGGCUCGGGUCCCGGGGUCAAGGCGAACCCACCAAACAAACUCAAACGCAAACUGUCGUCCGACGACCUUGGUGGACGGUCAAUCGCGCGGAAGCUGGACUUCUCACAACAUCGGCAGUCAUGACAUGCUGAUACCGGAGCAGUAUGCCCCAAAAAUGCAGGUGGAAACACUGCGUCUGUUCCCUUGUGCUUUAGAUCCAUGAUACCCAGCUUCGUAGAGUGUACUAAUAUGUACGAGUAACCAGAGGACCCUUGUACACUA